AUGGGCAGCUGCGACUGCGCGGACGCAGGUAUGCCCGAGCUGUUGGUCGUGUGACUUCAGGUCAGCUCGUCUGGGACGGCUCGCUGCAAGGGAUAAAUGACCUUGAGGCAGUGAGGUCUUGAACAAUGACGCCAGAGCAGUCAGGAUGGCUAGCCGCCACACAAACACUGUCGCAGCAAAUCACAACUCCGUUUAAUUUACAUGAUUUAUUAAGUAGGACAUUUAGCUAUUGAGCGGGAAUAUCCUGUGGUUGUUUAUUCCAAAAAUCAUGGAGGAAUAUCUCAGACUAAACGCCCUAACCAGGAUACUUGAACUAUGCGCUUUAGGAUCUAAUCUCGCGAAUCAGUAAAAAAUGCUUUGAUGGGACCCCGACGGGUUUUCAAUAAAAAUUAUUUAUUUAUUUAAAAUGCAGCAUUGAUAUGGUGAGUACCUGACCUUUGCCCAGUGGCUUUGCUAAUACGUUUUGCAAACUAUAGAAGUCAAGCACUGAACCGAAAAUAAUAAUUUUGUAAGAGCCAACUUAAAAUGCCUGCCUGUCAUAUUACAAACAUUCCCUCCCAUAUAUAACACAGCCCGAAUAGGAAUGCUGUUUCCCAUAGGGCGCAUAAUGUUCUUACAAUUUUGACGGCAGUUCCAAAUUAAAAAGUGUGGUCUGUUUGCUCAUGAUUUCCAAAAAUGCCUCUGCAGCAUUCUUUGUUGCUGUACGCCUUGGCGAUGACGCAAAUGAAACAUGAAGCAACGCUAGAUGCAUAUACAUAUAGUAGAGGGGACGUUCACUGAUCAGCUUAUGGAACGCGCCCCUCAGGCAAAAACGAGAGUAGGAUGACCAUUUUUGUCUCAUUAGCCGUCUUUAACCAACCUUUCCCAAUCCCUGCUUACUGAAUGUUAGUAGAUUCAAAUCCCUACCUAUUGAGACACGAACCCGUUGUCUCGCUGGUUUUAAUCGGCAUGUUAAUGGGAUGAGCGCGUCUCGUAAUCUAACUGUGGAACAUCACCUCUCUUAGCAUUCAAAAACUGGCAAAAAUAUGUAGACAUAAAUACCUACGUAAUAAUGCGCGGCUUUAAAUAAAGUAAGAAACAUGAAACAAAUUGUAAAAGUAACAAUGUAUUUUUCAGACAUGACGGUUUUUAGGAAAGCGGUAAUGGUGACAACGCCAACAACUGCGUUAAGUGAGAAAACAUACGUUAAUGGCCCAUAACUUCAGUCCGUGCAAAUAACUGUGUUAAUCCAACAGCGCACGUAAAACAUUGUCCAAGAAUAAUUCUUUAGCAAAUGUGCACUUCAAUAUCCCUCAAUAAUUAGUGAAUUGUCCAGUCUAGUGUUUAGACAAGAGCUUACAGUUCAAGUAUAGAUUACAAAACGGGUUCACAAGAAUUGACACUAUGUUCUGCCGUAUUUGAGAUGCGGCUGGAGAUUUUGCUGAUAGAGAUGACACAGAAAACACAGUUCUUACAAAGCCACAUAUUUAUAGGCCAAUGGCCGAUUAAUAAAUUGGAUCACAUCCAAUCGUGAGUGUACCACUUGUGCUUAUUAAGACGGCGUUCCAUUCGUAAAAUUUUUGCACUUUUAGCGACUGGGAAUACCGUUGAUUUUCAGAGUUUAAUGGAAAUGUUGGUGACAGGUUUGCCGUUUUUAAUGCUACAAAUCGACUGCUUAUUAAGAUAAGUCCUAUCCUAUGUGUUUAUCAAACCCUUUAAAAUUAUAUAUUUAUUGAACGCAAUCAACAAAGUAGUUAGUUUCUGAAAUGGCCCUUUGAAUUCUAUUUGGCUGACUUAUCUAAACAUGAAAUCUCAUUGCCGAGAACAGUAAGCUUCAGCAACGAAAGUCGGUGAUGAGUAUGCCUUGGGUCAAUAGGAAAACUGUCUUGUAAAUUCAUUCUUUUAGAAAUCGCUGUGGUAUGGUCUUUUUGACGGAUGUCUGCGUACUUUGCCGUUUGUCGAGGUCAAAUCAAGGAGCAAAUCGAAGCAUUUGGCUUCCUCUCCAAAAGCCUCAAAAAAAUUGAGUUUUUUUCUGCAAACGUAAGAACUCAAAUUUCGCCGUAAAUUGGAACUGUUUUCGCCAUCACCGCUUAGUGUACGGUAGUAAAUGCCUGACAAAAUUAACAAAGUGGCCAUACAAGUAGUAAGAUAUUCCUAAGACUCCUAAUGCUCUGCCGUUUCCGCUUUAAAAUCACUUAUUAACGGAAAUUAAACCAUAUAAAAGGUAUCAUUCCCUAAGCCCAGAAGUUACCAUAAUCUUCUGUGGUGGGUCUACUUACUGUCGCUAAAGAAGUCUUAAAGAUAUACAAAUCUGACAUCUUAAAAUCAACAAAACAUCUCAUUUUCUGAAAGUGGCAUGUUUAUUCACAUCCCACUUAACUUGAUUUGUUCCAAUAGAACAAAUUUCGGAGGAUCCCUGUUGGUAUCCCUCCCGGCUAAUUGCUCUACACAUUGCUUACUACAACAUUCGCGUCUAGCACACAACUACUGCUUCAGUUUCUAACACACAUGUGACCUUAGUGGCAAUAAAUUAUUAUUUGCGGAAAUCAGGAACAUCGAACCCAAUCUGGAGCUAGGAUGCAUUCAUUCCGCAGACCAUACUCGGCAUCCAUGUAUGUGUUUAUAUCUUCCUUUCAUUUUUCACCAUAUUUAAUUUUGGUUACGACUUUAGCAGGGGCAUCAAUUCGGGGCAUACACUAUAAACAUCAUUGACGCCUGCAUACAAUUGCCCCACCCGUAUAUCCCCCAUUACCGCCGGUCCCGUAAGAUAGGUAGCCAGCCGAUUUCAGUACCGGGAGGGCUACCAACAGGGGUCCUACUCAAAUUUCAAGUGUGAUAAGUUUUAUUUAGCAAACUUCUCAAUGUAAGACUACUCUAUUUAAGAGUAAAUACCCAGCGAUGCGCAAACGCAGUCUGGAACAACUAUUACCAGAGAAAACAGCUCGAAUACAAGUUAACCCGGACAUCCGCUAAAAUUAGAUAACCUUUUUCAGAUACAUUUAUUUACAAACAUCUCCUUCAUGCAAAAAGAACAUUUUCCGGAUGAAGUUAAGUGAAUAAGUCAAAAGGGAACAAUAUUUUAGGUGCAUUAACAUAGUUAUCGAGACUCACAUCAUUGCACCGCAUGAGUUAGGUCGCAUAGUGUAAAUAGUGUAAAUGCCUUCUCUAGAAUCGCGUACCAGAAAUUUCCAGGCACAUUCCAAGUUUCCGUAAGUAACUAUAAAAACACUCAUCACUAAAUAACCAUUCGGACUUUCGUAUGCAUGGCAAGAUGCUUCUCUAACAUUUUAUUUUCAAACAUUCGUAAGUUUUAAACGGCAGGAUACCAUGGUAAGCGUUCUGGAGCGUUUAAAUGGGCCACACAUUAGUAACGGCAAGAAUAUUUCCCCAGAAUAGAAAGAAAUUUUUCGUUUUUGCCAGAAAAAUUAUUCUAACCUGUUAGGUAGGCACAUUUUCAGACAAAGAUUUCAAUUCUUUCGACAUUGCUCUGGAAAGAGGAGGACAUGGGUAUUUAUCUACGAAACAUAUUAAUAGAACACACUCCUAAGAGAUGGCGUUUUAACGGCACGUUAUUUAAACAAGGGUAGAUUCCUUGCCGGGUUUCGUGUUGGUCCUACAUUCACAUCGACGUUUGGUUUUCAUGUUUGGUUAGCUAACAAACAUGGGCCAACCUGUUAUAGUCCUGCGGAAGUAUCGUCCGAGAUCUCGCCACAUUCUAAUAGCCACGAACCAUACAACCUAUAUUUUUGAAUGGCGGUUGAGAACUCUAAAAUUCUUAAUGUCGCAAAGUAUUUGUUAAUAUUUUAAAGAAGCGUAUGGACCUACCGCAGACAGAAGGCAGUCAGGAAAGAAAUGUUUUUCUGAUACACAGAAACUGCUAUGCUUAUUAUUAACCCUACCAAUCAAAUUUUAAUUUCGUAGUCACUAACCGACCACUCGAUAUGUGACCUCAUGAAGACUUUCAUUCCUUUGACGUAUCCAUCCGCGACUUCCUCUCCGCUUUAGUCAACCACAUCUAAAUCAAUGUAAAAACGGGCAUUUUGCAACCAAUUUCCAGUACAUCGCUUAAAAUGGUAGGAUCGAACAUUACGUAGCAACCUGGCUGUCGUAAAGUAUACUUACGCCGGUAAGUUUUUAAAGGUUUUAUAAAAAGUGCUGUGUCUAUUCUAUUUUAGCUGCUCAGUCGUCUACAUAGGCAGGUGUCACGUACUUCUGCGAACUCAUCAGGGCAACACUUUUGUGUUUUCGGUGCUUCCGCUUUCCUUACGAAAAAUUUUAUUCCAAAAAGUGCGACAUCACCUGUUAUACGUUUUUCGUGCUUUCAGUCAGAUGAAGGUGCUUUUUUGAUAAGUGGCUAUUUUAUCGAUGAAUUUGAGCUGGUUUCGAAUUUAUUGAAAAUGUUUCUUAAAUCUACGCAUAUUUUACAAGUUGCGUCAUCCGAUACACAAGUAUCGUGUCACCCGAUGUUAUUUAAGCAGCAAUAAACCCAACGGAAGCCAUAUCCGAAUUCUACUAAAUUGUGAAGUUUACAGAAAUAUAUGAUGUUUUUGGUGUUUUCCUUUGCGACCUUAAGCAUGCAACAAAAAUGGAAAGUCAUGACACCAGGGAGAUUUUCGCUCGAAAUUAAAAUAUGUGUACUAGCUUUUGUGCAGUAUGGCCCAAUCUCGUGCUGGUUGAAUGAGGUAUUCAGGACGGUGUCUUAGGCGUUAAUAACUCAAAGGCGCGUCGUGAUUUUGAUACUCUAAUGUAAGGUUACGAACAUGUCUUGGCCUCCACAGAGCUGUAGACAUCUUUAAGUUGAUGAAAGGGGAGUUUACAUAUGUAUGCCAUGCUUUCUGCAAUCAAGUUUUCUGCUUUGUUUACAGGAAAAUGUGUCCAUCACACGCGUACGAUUAUCUAUAUAAAUAUUUGCAAGAAUUAGACCAAAAAAGGCUUUACCGUUCUUCCGGAAAAUUCAUCUGCCUACUUCGAGCAAACAUCUUCUGUGAUAACCAACAUACACCGCAUUCUAUGCGGCACAGGAGCUCGCUUAAAAUAUUGGGAAUAACAUGCUAAAAAUUUGGAAGGUCGUGAAGGUUUACAAUCCAGAAUAAACUUCACAUCAUGAAAGAUAGCAUAAAAAAUAUGUAGUAAAUGCAAAAUAGCAGAAAGACCUGAAUGCACAGUUAAUCACCCUUGCAUAACCAAAUCCGGGGUGGAAAGUGAGAUUGCAGCAGACCCACUAAAUGCAUGUGAACGUUGUGUAUAAACACGCAAGACUGUUGUUUUGUUCUGAUCUUGAUAUUUACUAUACCUAUUCCCGUAAAGUUUACUUCGUAGGUUAAACUUGCAACCGACGAUAGGGUGGUUUCUGUGCAUUGCGUUCAGAUGCCUUAUACAAGCGCCCUCCCACUGAUGCUCUGCUGUUUCGAAUUUACGCAGUUUGCCUGUGUAUUUUAUCGUUUAAUUCUGCCUGAAAAAGUCCUACUGCGCCUAUUCGCGAUUAAUGGGCAAAUAGUACUAUAAGUUUUCUUCACGGAAAUUAUGCUGGAUCCGGGAAAAGUGCAAACGGCACACGCUAACCAAUCAAAUUCAGACGUGUGGUCGCUUGUCUGCGCAUUCAAGUACAGCCUAUCUGUACAAGAGAAGGUACCGAAUGGUGUCCAAAUGCAUCGUUAUAAAGUCUGCACCAUGAAAUUUGAGUCUUUUAUUACCGUCGUAGGAUGCUCAGCCUUCUCCAACACUGUAGUUUGGUUGGUUGUGUAGGCGAGAAUUAAAGGGUCGGCUGUUGCGACGGUUUUUUUCAAAAAGUAUGUUUUGCAAAAUCUGAUUGACUGUCAUUUACCAAAAUGAUUAUGCACGCAAGAAUUAACAACUUUAAAUGGAAAAAAUGCAGUAUUAAUAGAUUUUUAAAGUUCACAAGAACUCCUAAUUUUAAGUGGGCUUGUCUUGUAAUCCGAAGGCUCUGCAAUAUUUAAAAGUAGAAAAUGAACUGGGAUUACUGAUUCCCCCACUUUGUCCACUGUAACUCCUAUUUAUUCUGUUACGCUUGGGUGGCGAAAGCUUGAAGUCCUUGUCCAAGUGAGAACAUUGGUGUUCUUUGGAAAAAACUAGCGCAAACAGCAAAAUUCCCUCUUCUCACGCGACCGCCUACGUAACUAGACUUCCUCCCACUACGUCAAGAUUGCUGCUUCCCUCGUGGCGACUGCUAAUGCCUAGACUAAAGAAACUAGAAACCUCUUGAACGGUCUGUUUUCAGCAAUUUUGCUCCAAACAAAUCCACAUUAACAUUUCCUGUUUCAUCAGUAUCAUAGCUGCGAAAGCUCCUGGGGAAUGAGUGAAAAGACAGCUAGGAUCAUUUCGGAAGCCAGCACUUUAUUUGGCAAACACGUGCAUCAGUGUCGACUUGACGUUAAUGCUAACCUGCUUGUUGUUUUGACAAAUCAUGCAUGCUCGCUGACAUCGAAAUUUGAGAAAACCGGGAAAAGAUGUCUGUUUGGUCAGUUUCAGGGAGUGAGCCUGACACUAUGACAAUUUUCUUAGCAAAUUGUUCUUAUGGGUUUGUGGAUUUCACUGACCAAAGUGGAUAGGACAGUGGCGAUGCAUGCAGACGUCUUCCGUUUACCUAUUCAAAGCGCCAGCAUUCAGGUCUAUUAGAGGUAAGCACGUUGAUCGCAGCCGUACCUGUAGUAGACCAGCCCCAGCCUGAUCUAUAACCUCUUUUCCCUUGCCCUAGCCCCUAACCUCAACCCCUAGGCGAAAUCCCUAACCGCCAAUCUCAGCCCCUAACAUAUACGGCUACGAAAUGAGAUCUUGCCAACACCGUUUUAUACAAGGGAGCUCUUUGCUAGUCGCUAUAAGACUGUCAAAGUCCAGUAAGGCAUGUAGACAUGAGAAGGCGUUCAGAUAAGCUGAAGCUCCAAACAAAAAUAUAGGUUGGUUGUACUUUCCUUCCCCUGUGAAUGGUUUAUACAAAGAUUAACCGCACUUCUGUUUAAACUGGGACAGGUGAGACUCCUGCGUCCGCACAUGCAGUCUGUAAGAUAACGGCCUAAGGAUAUUGUAGUGGAUGCGCCGUAGAAUUAGUUAUGUGAUAAUGGAAUUUCAUGGAGUACCUAUCUUUUUUGCAAUUCCACUUGAAAGUACUCCCAACAUGACUUUGAUUUUGUAAACAGGGCCCUGUAUUUAACUGCAAUUUGCUGGUCGUGGCUAGUAAACGAGGAUUAUGCUCAUAAACGGCGAGGAUUGAAGGUCUCAUUGCAGUUUAUAACCACCGCGGCAGUUGUUGUUGUUCCCGUCCUGGGCCUUAAGCUACUUCAAAGCCAGCUGCAAACCCAUAAACUUUGACGUCGACCUCUGCGCGCCCCAGUGCCAACGGAGUUCUGAACAAUUGUGCAGCAGUUAACUUACUGGACAGGCAGUUUGGCGGUAAAAUAUUGGCUGAACUGGUGUUCCACACACACUUUCCGUGAUCUUCACCAAUACGGUAGCAAAAGACGGUUGUGAUAGGAAAAAAGGCAAAAAAUUAUGGAGUGAAGGCAGUGGUAUGGUUUAUGGCGGGAGUUACUUACUCCGAGGAUUACAGUGAGUGACCGAUCUCAUGAAAUAUUGGCUGAAAUUCUGAAAUGCGUUUUCGAUUAGGAAGGAUUAAUUGGUCGCGGUUGUAAUACUGAUUAUCUUAAGGCAGAUUCUUGUAAUAAUUUGGACUCCGCAGUAUGUCGGCCUUUAAAUGCACCUCUUUCAAAUUUCCUGUAGAAAGCGUGAUCGGUAAAAAAUGACUACUGAAUUAGCAUGCAUUUUUCCCAUUUAUUUUCGAUGGUCUUGCAAAUUCAAAUAUAUUUUAUAGCAACCGUCAACAAAAAUUUGCUUUCUUUUAGUCAAUAAAUAAAGAAUCACGUCUUCUUUAUAGUUUAUACUUAAGGAAGGAAUAUAAUCAGGUUUUAAAAAAUUUUCUAAUUAUGAGACUUUCAAGACCGCGAAAUGUCUAUUCACAUAGCAUCGUACCUGGCCGUUUAUCACUGCUCCUCAUGAAAUGUACAACAUGGUCCAAAUCCAUUGCAAGAUUUUAUGGACUCUGUAUGACAUCUCUUUAAUAGCAUAGAAAAUAUGUGAUUUUCUUUACGCGGAACGCAUGCACCUUGUAAAGUGAAAUCACUAAGCGCUAAUGCAGCGAAUGAUCGGGCUCCAAAAUAUUCGGAAAUUAGAAAACUUUUCAAAACCUAAUUAUACUCCUUCCUUAAGUAUAAAAUAUAAAGAAGACUUGAUUCUCUAUUGAGUGACGAAAAGAAAGCAAAUUUUUAUUGAUGGUUUCUAUAAAAUAUAUUUGAAUUCGCAAGACCAUCGAAAAUCAAUGGGAAAAAUGCAUGCUACUUCAGUAGUCAUUUUUUACCGAGCACGCUUUUUACAGGAAAUUAGAAAGAAGUGCAUUUAAAAGCCGACAUACUGUGGAGUCCAAAUUGUUAUAAGAGUGUGCCUUAGGAUAACCAGUAUUACAACCUCGACUAAGUAAUCCUUCCUAAUCGAAAACGCAUUUCAGAAUUUCAGCCAAUAUUUCAUGAGAUCGGUCACUCACUGUAUUUGUGUGGACGAAUUAGGUCACUCACUAUGAGUACUGGAGUCAGUUAAGAACUAACUGUAUACUUUUUAGGUUACAGUCACCUCUUCUCCACUUUAACCAACCCAACCCCUAACGGGAAUGUCCAUCCCUUUGUGACUAGUCUAACCGUUUCAGUUUAGUAAAUGUUUCAGUAGUCGUACCAACUACUCGGUGUUCACGCCGCGCUCACUGAGUGGAUAUACCCCGUGGAAAUGAUAGAUCGUUCCACGAUUCUGAUUCAUUUGAUGAUUUUUCCGCACGGUCUUUAACCAGUCCCUAACUCUCAUAUGUGCCUACACGAAGCUUUCCUGUGCCCAACGGCCAAACCCCGGUAACCACCUCUACAGGCAGUCUAAAUCAGACGAAGAUUUCCAAUUUGUCGGCAUAUGCACCUUCGUACUCCCCAAAAAUGGCCAGAUCGUGUGUGUGGCACGCGUAGAAGUACUGUCUCAGCUCUCCCAGCCACUAUACCCAAUCACAGCAUCGGAUGGUUAACCGACCUGGAAAAGUCACCGCCCCUCUGAAGAGGGGAGGGGAGAGUGAAGUCAGCUUUAAUGAAUCCAUCUCUACGGCACUUCGAUGCAUUCCAAACUAUAAAAAACUUGACGCGUUUGAAACUAUCACGAUAGACUAAUCAUCACGGGUCGGAAGGUUAACAUCUGAUGCUACAAAUCGGGCCUCGCAGUUAGCUCUGUGUGCGUGUAUGGAGCGACCGACUGUGGGCCGACAUUCAGGCUCAUUGGCUCCUUCAUAUUGUGGUCACCCCGGCACUCUCGUUCAUAUGAAGUCGGAGCCGCCCGCUCGUUCGUGUGAAAUCCUCGAGCGUUGUGCGGGAAAGCGGGUCGUGUGUGUAGUGCGCGUAGAGGAGCUGUUUAGCGCUGUCACUCGCCGCGUCUAAUCCACACAUCAGACAAUUGACUAUCUGAGACAGUGGAUUGGUGCCUCGGAGAGGGAGGAGAAAGUGAGUUCGACUCUGGGAAAUGGGCUCAGUAUAUUUCCUCUCUAUAAACAAGCUGGAGGACUUUCGAACUGCCAUGGUGCGCUAACGUUUUGACUGGGAGUAGUAACUCUCUCUUCUUCACAGGUCGAAGAGACAGGCUGCACUGAUUCCUUCUACAUGAGGCUUCUGCAACACUCCAGCUCAGAUGGGAUCGCAGCUGUCCCUUUCUGGUUUAAACUGUUUUCCGUUGUGCGUGGACCAGACGUGCGUGGCACGCGCAGACGGACUGUUUGAUCUAAUUAUGCAGUGCGCCGAUUCCGCUUCCGGUCAUCUUAUUUCUAGCUUGACGCCGGAUCCUGGUAGGCGAAGGAAGAGAGAGUGAAACAGACGCAGCGCAAGCCUACCACCUCCGCAAACUUAUUCAGGCGUAAACCACUGUCACUGCGCUCAUCAUGGUGUUGGGACAAACAGUGGAGCCCGAUUCCAAUCCCAAUAGUCCUAUCGAAUUAGCGACAGCGAUCCGGUGAGAUAACUACGAAGCCUUGUUUAUGGCCAGCACUGCCUAGCCCGUUCGCGGGUAAAGAUUCUGUUGACAAGUCACGUCGUCUGCAAGUUGGUUGUGGUGUGCCGAGGCGCCAGAGUAUCUUGCCUUUCCCUACCUGUUCCUCAUUCUUGAACUUACUGGUUGUUUAACUGAAUGGAAGGACCACAACUCGACGCGACGCGCUUGGCAUGAGUUGGAUUGUCAGGUUGUUUGACUUUUGAUUGUUAAUUCUUUCAUAACUCUGGUCUUAUCCUGAUAGUCAUAGUCUGGGAUUGACGGUUCGGUCUUUAGUGCUCGCUACAGUGAUGACCCUUUGACGUUCACGCUUAUACCUUUAAUUUGUGGACUUUCUAUUUGCAUACCGUCCGUUUGCCUUCCUUCUUUCAACCAUCAUGACCUCUACGAAUUCCAACGAUCCCACUUCUUCUCUCAGUGGACUUGUUUCUUCUCUCCCAGACUUUUGGCAACAUGCGCCAGAGCUUUAAUGUUUUUCGUAUUGAGGCGACUUUUCACUCCGCCAAGAUAACACGUGAAACCGACUAGUAUUGUAAGUUGGUCGAGGCCCUUCCUCCCACCAUUCUUUCUCAAGUGCGGACGCUUCUGGGAGAUCCCCCGACUGAUGCUCCCUACACCAAGUUAAAGGCUGAACUUUUUCGCCUGACAUCAGUCUCCGAUCGGCAGCGCUAUCACGCGCUAGUAAAAGAGGAGGCCUUGGGUGAUCGCAAGCCGUCUAAACUUUUGCGUCGUAUGCGUUCUCUGGUUGGGAACAUGAAAAUCGACGACAAGUUCUUUAAAGAGAUGUUCUUAGAACGUCUACGUACGUCGGUACGAACAAUCUUGUCCUCUGGCUCCGACGAUCUAGACAUAUCAAAGUUAGCGGAGAUGGCUGACCGUAGGAUGGAGGUUGAGCGUUUGUCAUCCCCGACGAUUGCUCAGGUGUCCCAGCCUCUCAACGUGUCCACCUCUGACCUGGCCGAACUAAGGACACAGAUUGCCCAGUUGUCAGCUACUGUUGCCGCUUUGCAGCUGCGCCGAUCCCCUGGUCCCUCUCGACGUUCCUUCGGCCGUGACCGUCGUCGUUCCCGCUCUCGCCACAGGACCGCCAACCUAUGUUGGUAUCAUGUCAACUAUGGCGAUAAGGCGCGGCGCUGUGUCCCACCCUGCUCCUUUAAGUCCACGCAGGGAAACUCCUCGGCCGGAGAGUAA